AUGAGAGAGGGGUGGGCGCGCCGGGGGACACAAGACACCUACGGCCCUGCGGCCACGCAAGUACGUGCCUCCAGCAACGACUGUGCCGUCCGCCCGAGGCCUCCCGCUUUCACGCAAGCCUCCUUUCUGGUUGGAAUCUACGAACUGUUCAUCACCAGCCUCUUUCCCUGGCUCGCGUGCACCAACAGCUGGACCAAACCCGCAGGCUUCAUAACUCCCGCCUGCCCGGACAAAGAAACCACGUGGGCUGUUUCCCAACCCAAAGCCCUUCUCCAUCCUCUACGCUCCUCCAAACUACGCCGCGCCCCACGCUGCGUCUCAGACCGACGCUGCGUCUCAAGCUACGCCGCGCCCCACGCUGCGUCUCAGACCGACGCUGCGUCUCAAGCUACGCCGCGCCCCACGCUGCGUCUCAAACCGACGCUGUGUCUCAAGCUACGCCGCGCCCUGCGCUGCGUCUCCCGCGCUGCGUCUCCCACGCUGCGUCUCUCACGCUGCGUCUCUCACGCUGCGUCUCCUACGCUGCGUCUCAAGCUACGCCGCGCCCCACGCUGCGUCUCAGACCGACGCUGCGUCUCAAGCUACGCCGCGCCCCACGCUGCGUCUCAGACCGACGCUGCGUCUCAAGCUACGCCGCGCCCCACGCUGCGUCUCAAACCGACGCUGCGUCUCUCACGCUGCGUCUCUCACGCUGCGUCUCUCAGGCCGGGGCCACACCGCCUGCGUGCGAAGCGCUGCGUAGCUGGCAACCGUUGA